UGCAGGCGGGGCCGUGCAGCUGCUGCGUCGCCAUGGCCGACGAGAAGCUCUUCAAGGCGGAGUAUGCGAAGAGCGGGCGGGCGUCGUGCAAGAAAUGCGGCGAAAGUAUCGCCAAGGACUCGCUGCGGCUGGCCAUCAUGGUGCAGUCGCCGAUGUUUGACGGGAAGGUGCCCCACUGGCACCACUAUGCCUGCUUCUGGAAGCGAGCGCGGGUAGUGUCACCCACGGAUAUAGAUGGAUUAUCAGACCUUCGCUGGGAUGACCAAGAGAAGAUUAAAAAGACCAUUGAAACCGGAGGAAUGGGAGGAGGAAAAGGCGGCGAUCAGGGAGAGAGUAAAGGGGAGAAGACCUUGAUUGAUUUUGCCGUGGAGUACGCCAAAUCAAACAGGAGCACCUGUAAAGGCUGUAGUGAAAAAAUAGAGAAGGAUACUGUCCGUGUCUCCAAGAAAAUGAUCGAUGCAGAGAAGCCGCAGCUGGGGAUGAUCGAUCGAUGGUACCAUCCUGCGUGUUUCGUGACCAACAGAGCAGAACUGGGCUUCCUGCCCACCUACGGCGCCACCCAGCUGAAGGGCUUCAGCACUUUGAGUGCAGAGGACAAAUCAAUGCUAAAGAAACAGCUACCAGCUGUCAAGGCUGAAGGGAAGAGGAAAGGAGACACUGUCGAUGGGGAUACGACGGCAAAGAAGAAGAAGAAGAAAGAUGAGAACGUUUCAAAACUGGACAAGGAACUGAAGGAACAGAACCAGUUGAUCUGGAACAUUAAAGACGAGUUGAAGAAGUGCUGUUCUACCAAUGAUCUCCGAGAGCUUUUAAUCGCCAACAAGCAAGAGGUGGCAUCAGGAGAGGCAGCUAUACUGGAUCAGGUGUCAGAUGGGAUGGCAUUCGGAGCGCUGCUGCCCUGUGAGGAAUGCAAGGGGCAGUUACUGUUGAAGGGAGAUGCCUAUUGCUGCAGCGGUAACCUGACUGCCUGGACUAAGUGUAGCGUCAGCACCCAGGCACCUGCUCGCCAGGACUGGGUCACUCCGAAGGAGUUCCACGAAAUUCCCUACCUGAAGAAGUUCAAGUUCAAAAAACACGCCCGGAUUUUCCCACCUGCCGCCCCGGCUCCCAGCACCGAAGUUCCUGCCUCUGCUGAUCCUGGUAUUCCCUCGGAACCUGAAGGUUUACCUCUAGCGAACAUGAAAGUCCUCGUCCUGGGAAAACUCUCGAAGAAAAAGGAUGAGCUGAAGACCCUGGUGGAGGAAUUUGGAGGCAAAAUCACUAGCACAGCCAGUAAAGCCAAGCUGUGCAUCAGCUCUCGGAAGGAGUUGGACAAAAUGUCUAAGAAGAUGGAGGAGGUGAAGGAAGCCAAUGUCCGUGUGGUUUCGGAGGAUCUCCUUGACGACCUGCAGUCAGGGAAGGGCCUACAGGAAUUGUUGUCGGUGCAUGGGAUCUCGUCGUGGGGAGCUGAGCUCGCCCCCGAGAGGGUCUCGGAGCCCCCUGUCGCUGGGAAAUCCACCGGCAGCAAGCUCACAAAGAACUCCAGUGGCAAAAUCAAGCAGGAGCAAGAAUCCAGCAAAUCAGAGAAGAAGAUGAAGCUGACAGUUAAAGGUGGGGCAGCUGUGGACCCUGACUCUGGGCUGGAGGACUCGGCUCAUGUCUUUGAGCAGGGAGGCAGAAUCCUGAGUGCUACCCUAGGCCUGGUGGAUAUAUCCCGCAGUCAGAACUCCUACUACAAGCUACAGUUGCUGGAGGAUGACAACAAGAAGAGGUACUGGGUCUUCAGGUCCUGGGGCCGGGUUGGGACCACCAUCGGUGGCAACAAGUUGGAGAAGAUGUCCUCCAAAGAGGAAGCUGUCGAUCAUUUCCUGGGGCUGUACGAGGAAAAGACGGGCAACGCCUGGCACUCGGAAAACUUCACCAAAUACCCCAAAAAGUUCUACCCACUGGAGAUCGACUACGGCCAGGAUGAGGAAGCUGUGAAGAAACUCACCGCGAAUUGCAGUACCAAAUCCAAACUGGACAAGGCAGUGCAGGACCUCAUCAAGACCAUCUUCGAUGUAGAGAGUAUGAAGAAAGCCAUGGUGGAGUUUGAGAUUGACCUUCAGAAGAUGCCCCUGGGUAAACUGAGCAAGAGGCAGAUCCAGAGUGCAUACGCCAUCCUUAGUGAGGUCCAGCAGAUUGUGGCUAACAAUGGGCUGGAGUCUCAGAUAUUGGAUCUCUCCAAUCGCUUCUACACACUCAUACCACAUGACUUUGGAAUGAAGAAACCACCUCUGCUGAACAACGAGGAUUAUAUCCAGGCCAAGGUGCAGAUGUUGGACAGUCUCCUGGACAUCGAGGUCGCCUACAGCCUCCUCAAAGGUGGCAAGGAAGAUGAUGCCAAGAACCCUAUAGACAUCAACUACGAGAAGCUGCACACUGAGAUCAAGGUUCUGGACAAGGAGACAGACGAAGCCAAGUUAAUCAGAGAGUACGUUAAAAACACACACGCUGCUACACACAACCAGUAUGAUCUGGAAGUGAUGGAGAUCUUUAAGAUUAAACGCAAUGGAGAAGAAGAGCGUUUCGAGCCCUUCAGUGAACUGCACAACCGCCAGCUGCUCUGGCACGGCUCCCGUACCACCAAUUUCGCUGGCAUCCUGUCACAGGGUCUCCGCAUUGCUCCACCAGAGGCUCCUGUGACCGGCUACAUGUUCGGUAAAGGGAUCUAUUUUGCUGACAUGGUUUCCAAAAGUGCCAAUUACUGUCACACAUCACAGGCUGAUCCUGUGGGGCUCAUUCUGCUAGCAGAAGUGGCUUUGGGAAACAUGCAUGAGUUGAAACGAGCUAAUCAUAUUACCAAACUACCGAAAGGCAAACACAGUGUGAAAGGCAUCGGGAAGACCGCUCCGGAUCCUAGUGCCACGGUCAAGAUGAAUGGAGUGGACAUCCCGUUGGGAAGAGGUGUCCAAACACAAGUCUCAGAUUCUAGUCUCCUGUACAACGAGUACAUUGUCUACGAUGUGGCCCAGGUGAAUCUGAAGUACCUGCUGAAACUGAACUUCAAGUUCAAAACCUCGCUGUGGUGAACACGCUGCUUCAUUGGAACUUCUGCUCCCUAAAUAAUUUUUUUUUUUUUAAAAAACGCCGUUUGCAAAAUUCAGGCUAUCGGGGCAGUGAAGGGUGGGACGGGAAAGCCGCAUCUUGCAGAGAUUUGUUGGGGGUGUACCGUGAAUAUCAGAGCUCCCCUUCAUCUGCUCAGCUGGGCUGUGCUUGGGGGGAGCAGAGAGUUUGGGUGAGCUGGUGUGGGGUGGGAAUGGUGUUAACAUCCACUCCCCCCCGCCCCCAGUUGACAGACUGACAAAAGCCAUAAAUUAGGAUGAUUGUUGUUAGAAUUUUGUUUUGUAGAAAAGGAAAAAUGUGCAAGCUGACUACUUAUUUUUGGGGUUGAGUGUCAGACUGGCGGUUAGUUUUAAUUCAGCUAGUCAAGUGGCUUUACUGACUGUUGGAAAGCAUUUAGCCUAUUUGGGAAAGUCCUGACUGGGAGGAGACAGAGGGGGAGGGGGGAGGGAGGGAACCCAUCUCUAUAACGGCAGGCAGAACCAGUACUGUAUAGUUUUGCUUUGUAUUUGCUACCUUUCCUUCAUUUGAUGGCUAUUUUUUCUCUGUAACUUCAUCCUUCCCUGUAAUGUUUUGUUUUUCCAUUUUAUAUUAGAUGACGAAUAAAGUUCAGCUUAAAAAGAAA